AUGUCUCAAACAAAUUUAGACUUUGAAAAUUCUUCAAGUCCUUAUUAUCUUCAUCCUAGUGAAAAUCCAUCAUUAAUUCUAGUUUCACCACCAUUAAAUGGUCAAAAUUAUCAUUCUUGGUUUAGGUCAAUGAGAAUGUGUCUUCUCUCGAAGAACAAAUUAAAAUUUGUUGAUGGGAGUAUUCAAGUUCCAGCUGUGACAGAUCCAAUGCAUCCGGUUUGGGAAAGAUGUAAUACCAUGGUGCUUUCUUGGAUUUUGAAGUCUUUAUCACCAUCAAUUGCUCAAAGUAUCUUGUGGUUAGACAAUGCAGUAGAUGUUUGGAGUGAUCUAUUUGACAGAUUCUCACAACGUAAUGCUAUGAGAAUUUCUGAUUUGCAAGAAGAAAUUUCUGCACACAAACAAAACAAUCUUUCAGUUACAGAAUAUUUUACUCAAUUAAAGAUUCUUUGGGAUGAAUUUGUUAAUCUUAGGAUGAUUCCAGCAUGUGUUUGUACACCUCAAUGUCAUUGUGAUGCUCUUAAAACAGUGAAAGUUCAACAGGAGGGUGACUAUGUUAUUAGGUUUUUAAAAGGCUUGAAUGAAUCCUACUUUGUUGUUAGAACUCAGAUUUUGAUGCUAGAUCCCUUACCUAAGAUUAAUAAAGCUUUUUCAUUAGCUUUACAACAUGAAAGACAACUUACCAUGGGACUUACUAUACCUCAGAAUAUAGAACCAACUGCUUUUGCAACUCAGGCUACUGUUCCUUAUCAGAGGAGACCUGUGUUUAACAAUAGUAAUAGAGGUUUUAGACCAAGUUUCAGUAGUUCUAGUGGUACUGGUCAUAGUAUUGACAUAUGCUUUAAGAAGCAUGGGUAUCCUCCUGGCUAUAGACCAAGAUUUAGGCCUCAAACUUUUGUCAAUCAAGUUGGGGAGUAUGUUUAUCCUGAUGAUCAAUAUCAAGAUGCUUAUAGUUUUGAUCGGUCUCAAGAUUCUUAUGAUAUUGGAUAUUAUGCUGCUGAGGAACAAAAUCAAAAUGUUAAUCAAGCUGGACAAGUUGGAAAUACAUUGGUUCAAAAUCAAACUGAGAAUGUCAUGGCUCCUGUGAUUACUCAAGAUCAAUAUACUCAUUUGAUGGCUCUUCUGCAAAAUCAAACCAGCAACUCAACAGAAAGAACUACACCAAAAGUGAAUGUUAUCUCCACUAAUUUUGAUGUUGUCACACAGCCUGAAGGUACACAACUUCUAUCUUAUUUUUAUUUUAAUAAUUUUGUGGCUUGUUCUUUUGGUAAGAAAACUGGUUCUUUGGAUUGGAUUAUAGACUCAGGUGCCACAGAUCAUAUAGUCUGCUCAUUAAAUGCUUUUUCAUCAUAUAAGUUAGUUAAAAAUGUUUUUGUUACUUUACCAAAUCAUUCAAAAAUUCCAGUGACACAUAUAGGAAUAGUUAAGUUUAGUUCUAGUUUUGUGCUACAUGAAGUUUAUGCGUAUAGAGUGAAGCGAAUCAAUUUGGAGCAAAUUGGAGAAAAGCUGGAAAAAGUGCCUAGUUCCUCAAAAGUGCCUCCAGACACUAUUGAGGAACUGGCCCAGAUUACAAUCUGCGAAUCCUUUGUGGCCAAUUCCUCAAAAGUGCCUCCAGACACUAUUGAGGAACUGGCCCGGAUGUACCUGCGAACCUAA